AUUAGAAAAGAACAAAGUAAAACUAAUAACGACUGAACAUCUACUAAAUCACCCAGCAGCAGCAGCAGUAGUAAAUAAGUAAUUCCAAUCGACAAAAAUGGUUAGUAAUGGCACAAGUUCAUUCUAAUGCACUGGAAGCACUCCAGUUGAGAUAUUUUUCUAUCUCCUGUCCGUUCAAAGACUGUUCCAUGGUCUACAGUCACUAUUAUCGCCGUGCUUCACCCUCCGCCAAGUCGCGAUGUUGAGCGACCAUUAGUGGCCUGCUUGUGAGCCAGAUCCACGGCUGCUCGUGCAAGAGAGGCCAGAUCCAUGGCCGCUCGUGGUAGGGAGACCGGAUCUGCCACAUCCUCGAGUACUUCUACCUCACCGGCGCCGUCGUGCUAUGACGUACAUGGGGAAUCCAGCUGUCUAGGAAGAAGGCAAGCUAGGGUUCUUUGAUUGACAAGCAUCCGCAAGUCAGCGAGCCACCCACGGAGAAGUGAUUGGUUCGAGAGCCUAGUGGAGUGUGGAGAAGAGUUCUGAUCCAAGUUCUGCUUCACAGGAUUCAAAGGCUCAGAUCAGUGCAACUCACACCUAAUAAUUGGGAUCCUUCAGCUACAUGCAGGAGCAGUACAACAAGGUUCAGAAUAGAUUUUUCCUUUGAUAUGAAUUGCAAAUACAAUGGCAACUUGCACGUGAAGAAGGUGUAUCUUUGUCCUUUUUAAUGCCUGUUCAAGAUCUCAAGAACACCUUACACCUUGUUUAGUUCACCCCAAAAUCCAAAAACUUUUCAAGAUUUCCUUGACAGCAUAUGCAGACCAUCAGUGCUUCCUGACAGCUGCAUGAACAGAGUGGACUUUGCUUGCCCUGUUGUAUGAGCUAGGCCUGCUUAUAAGUGCUACCGGAUUUAGUACAACCAUCAGUGCUUCCUGAGCCUGUGGCCUCUCACUAUACGCUGAAGCUUGUCACAGCUAACAGAACAAACAUGGGAGUGGCAGUGAAAGCCUCCAUAGCUCUUCAUCUCCUCCCUAUCCUCCUCCUCACUGCCACCAAUGAUGCAGCCACGUUCACCAUCACCAACAAUUGCAGCUUCACCGUGUGGCCAGCUGCCACGCCAGUUGGUGGUGGCACACAGCUCAACCCUGGGCAGACAUGGACCCUCAACGUGCCCGCCGGCACCUCUGCCGGGCGCUUGUGGGGGCGCACCGGCUGCUCCUUUAGAGGCGGCAGCGGGAGAUGUCAAACAGGCAAUUGCGGUGGCGUGCUUUCCUGCAAGCUGAGCCCUCAGCCACCCGUUACGCUUGCAGAGUUCACGGUCAAUAGCGGAACGUCUGAUUUCUUUGAUAUCUCCGUCAUCGAUGGCUUCAACCUACCUAUGGACUUCAUGGGAGGGGCAGGGUGCAGCAAGGGGCCACGCUGCCUGGGCAACUCUACAUCGCAGUGCUCGGAUGCAUACACCAAUCCCAGUGAUGAUAAUAAAACAUUCACUUGUCCAGCGGGGACCGACUACCAGCUCGUUUUCUGCCCCUCGGUUGAUCUAAGACCUACACCAGUAACUGUAAGUCCUCAACCAGCACCUUCUCCUGCAACUGUAAUCCAGAUAGCACCACCAUCGCCAUCACUUGUGCUAUCACCUCGUGGGGCAACAACAGCAAGAUCAUCCUCAGCAAACCAAGUUGUUGUGAUUCUAGCUACGGUAGGUGGCUUUAUCUUUCUAGUGAUCCUUUUCAUUGCCAUUUUCUUCAUGUGUAAACGAAGAACCAGACAUCAGGAGAUGGAGGAAAUGGAAGAGUUUGAGGACCUACAAGGAACACCAAUGAGAUUCACAUUUCGACAGUUAAAAGUAGCAACUGAGGAUUUCAGAGACAAGCUAGGGGAAGGAGGAUUUGGGACUGUUUACAGGGGGCAGUUCGGUGAGGACAUAAUUGCAGUGAAACAUUUGGAUCGAACUGGUCAAGGAAAAAGAGAAUUUCUGGCAGAGGUGCAGACAAUUGGUGGCAUUCACCAUAUCAAUCUGGUGAGGCUCAUUGGUUUCUGUGCAGAGAGAUCACACAGGCUCUUGGUUUAUGAAUUUAUGCCUAAAGGAUCCUUGGACAAGUGGAUCUACAACCGACAAGGGAAUAACACUACUCUUCUGGACUGGAGAACACGUUGCAAGAUUAUUACUCACAUAGCUAAGGGGCUCUGUUAUCUUCAUGAGGAGUGCACAAAGAGAAUUGCUCACUUGGAUGUCAAACCACAAAAUAUCCUGCUAGAUGACAGCUUUAAUGCUAAACUUUCUGACUUUGGACUGUGCAAGCUCAUCGAUAGGGAUACGAGCCAAGUGAUUACCAGAAUGAGAGGCACACCUGGGUAUUUGGCUCCUGAAUGGCUGACGUCACAAAUCACGGAGAAGGCUGAUAUAUAUAGCUUUGGUAUUGUGGUCAUGGAAAUCAUCAGCGGAAGAAAGAACUUAGACACCUCCAGAUCUGAAGAGAGCACACAUCUCAUUACCUUAUUGGAAGAAAGGGUGAAGAAUGGUCAGUUAGCAGAGUUGAUAGACAAGCAUAAUAAUGAUAUGCAAGUACACAAGCAAGAAGUAAUACAAGUGAUGAAGCUCGCAAUGUGGUGUUUGCAGAUUGAUUGCAAAAGACGCCCUCAGAUGUCCGAUGUUGUCAAGGUCAUGGAUGGUACCAUGGAUGUGGAAACCAACAUAGAUCAUAACUUUGUUGCAAGAAGUCGAACAAUCUUUGGUGUUGCUGGUAAUGCAGCCUCCUCAUCUCCAUAUCUUGCCUCAGAUGUAUCAGGGCCAAGGUGAAAAUAGCAAAUACCACAGGCACAAAGACAGAUUUUUUUUCUUAGCAAUUUGCAAUGUACCAAACAUGAUCUAAUUAGAAAGUGUAUUCAAUUUAGUUGAUGCAUGUAGACGAUCUGUUUA